GCAGGGCAGCCCCAUUUGGGGCCCGCGGGCCAAACUUGGCCCGCGACUGAUUUUAUUUGGCCCGCGCCUUACCCACUGUAUAUAUUAUUGUUUUCCACCAUCAGCGCUUGCACUCAUUGAAUAUUAUUGAUUGGUGCACUUCCAUUCCUGACCAUAGAAUAACAUUGUGAUACAUUGAUGGUAGGGUGGCGCUGUUGAGCUCCUAUCCUCUUGCGCUCCAAUCCGAAGUCACGUGACAGCGAGUAAGUGAGACGCAAGGAUGGAGCGGCAGUGGCACACAGAAAAACGCAAAUUCAAAAAAUUCAAAAAAUUACGGCAAGUUUGCCGUAAAGGCGGCAAACUUGCUAAUGAAGCUAGAAACACAGCAGCAAACUUUACUUCAGCCAUCCACCGCACAAGAAAAUGCCACCCUUGCAAGUUAUCGCAUUAGCAACAUCAUUGUCAGAAGUGGACACGCUUUUGCUGCGGGUGAUUUUGUAAAAGAGUGUCUGACAGUUGCUGCUGAAGCUGUGUGUCCAACUCAGAAGCGGGCUUUUUCUCAAAUAAGCCUGUCACGGAACACGGUGACCCGCCGCGUUGAGGACAUGGCCGAAGACGUUCGGGGCCAGAUAGCCCAAAGAGCAGGUCGGUUUUCUGCCUUCUCCAUCGCAUGCGAUGAAAGCACCGACAUAUCGGACUCAGCACAGUUGCUGAGUCAAUGAGGACUUUGAAGUGUGCCAAGAACUAGCGGGCCUUGAAACACUGAAAGGGACGACAAGAGGUAUCGAUAUUUUUAAGGCAGUGGAGCAAGUUAUGGACAAGAAUGGUUUGAAGUGGGAAAACCUAUCUGGCAUCACGACUGAUGGAGCCCCGGCCAUGGUCGGUAAGAGAGCAGCCCUAACUGCACUUGUGUCGGACAAAGUCCGUGAGUGUGGUGGCUCGAUUUUUAAAUAUCAUUGCAUUUUGCAUCAGGAGCAACUGUGCGCUAAGAAUAUCGGCCUAAAGAACGUGAUGCAGGAUGUCGUUGGCAUUGUCAAUAAUAUUCGCUCAAAGGCGCUCUCACACCGUCAGUUCAAAGCUGUUGUUGAUGAGAUGGAUGCCCAGUAUGGGGAUGUAUUGUACCACCAGGAGGUGCGGUGGCUGAGCCGCGGGAAAGUUUUGCGACGUUUCUUUGAGCUGCGUGAGGAAAUCAGGGUGUUUCAAGCCACAAAGGAGAACAACAUCCAAGUGCCCUCGGACAAGCACUGGAUUGCAGAUCUGGCCUUUCUUGUGGACAUCACAGAGCUGCUGAAUAUCCUCAAUCUUCAGCUUCAAGGGAGAGACCAGAUAAUCACUCAGCUGUACGACCAUGUCAGAGCCUUCAAGCAAAAGCUCCAGUUGCUUAGCAGACAUCUCUUAACAGGAAAUUUGGCACAUUUUCCCAGCCUCAGAGAAGUUGGGUUGAUGGAGGAAGACACACCAAAAUACUGCAACAUUCUCAGCGAUCUUGUGGUGGAGUUUGACCAUCGCUUUGAGGAUUUUCGUGGAAACGAAGCAGCAUUUGAGCUGUUUGCCCAACCCUUUGCUGUAAAUGUGGAUGCAGUCAGUGAGGAGCUUCAAAUGGAACUUUUGGAGCUUCAGUCUGAUUCAGAUCUCCGUUGCCGGUUUAGAGAGCUUUCUUUACAGGACUUUUACAAAUCUGUUCCUGCACACAGAUAUGGCAAGAUCCGCAAACAUGCACAGGUGAUGUUCUCCCUCUUUGGAAGUACCUAUGUCUGUGAGCAGGCAUUCAGCCUGAUGAAUCUUAAUAAGUCCAAACUGAGAAAUGCUUUAUCUGACUCUCACCUUCAUGACAUUCUCACUCUGUCAGUUAGUCAGCUGGAGCCUGAUAUUAAGAGACUUGUAAAAACCAAGGACAGGCUUCAUGUCUCCCACUGAUAGGCCUACUUCAAAUCAUAAUGUAUAGGCCUGGACCUCCAAUGUGUCGGAGUAUGUUCUGCUCUGUCCUGUGUUACUUUGUUACUGUCCUGUGU